CCUCUUUUUUUACUUCAAAAACCUCUUUUUAUUUUUAUGGAUGACUGUUGCUUCAUUUGGUCGCGAUGACUUGGCAUGUCUGCAUACAUUUUUUAGCAUUACCCUUGCUGCGUACACCAGUAAAAAUCUUAGUAGUUCUAUCUUAUUUUAAAUAGAGACUUAAGCUAGUCUAGAUACUUUAAAUCUAAGUCUAUAGAUUUUCUAAAUUUCUGUAUUUUAAAAAAAUAUUUUAGAUGACCUACUUCUAGUUUGAAUCUCUACAAACAUGUCUGAGCAAUCAGUAAAAAAACGUCUCAAGCGAGUUAUUCAUAGCCCUGACGUUGUUAAUGCUGCCAUAGCCAGUAUCAGAUCUAAAGAGUCGUCGAUUAGAGAAACAGCCUCCAAAUUUGGAAUCCCUUUCUCUACGUUGCGUGAUAAAUUGGUAGGAAGACGACCAGUCGUGGUCACGAAACACACUCUUCUCACAGCAGAGGAAGAAAACCUGCUCUCAAAGUGGCUGAUUGAUUUGGCGCAACGUGGCUUUGGAAAGACACAUGAAGAUGUCAAAGCAACAGCCAAAGCCAUUAUGGCACUAAGAAAUGCUGCUUCCAAAAGCAAAUCUGAAGUCCCAUCAACCAGGUGGUUGUACGGCUUUUUGAAGCGCCAUCCUCAGCUGUCAAUGAGAACUCCCAUGUCACUUGGAAAAGAAAGAGCUAUUAUAACCCCAGCAGCGGUAGAAAAAUGGUUUUCUAGAUUCAAGACAUGUGUGGAUGGAAUCGACCCUACGAUUUUGGAAUCCCCUGAAAGGAUUUUCAAUGCUGAUGAAACAGGUUUCAGUUUCGACAUGAAAAACAGAAAAGUAAAAGCCUGUAAAGGCUCCAAACAUGUCUACAGGGUCACACCUUUCACAAAACAUCAGGUGACAGUAUUGGCCUGCACUAGCGUUACUGGGCAGUACACCCCGCCCAUGUUGAUUUAUCCUCACAAACGCAUUCCCCAAAAAAAUUUGCUAGCGGCAUUCCCUGAGGCCAACUUACAGCUCUCCAACAAUGGAUGGAUCAAUGCUGCCAUUUUCCACUCUUGGCUCAGGGAUAGUUUCAUCCCAGCUGUAAAACAUCUCAAGAAGCCAGUCCUUCUUCUAGUGGAUGGCCACACUAGCCACACUUCGCUUUUGGAGACCUCAGAAUUGUGCUCAGAAAAUGACAUAAUUCUGUACUGUCUCCUAGCCAAUGCCAGUCAUUUGAUGCAACCCUUAGAUCAAGCCUUCUUUGGGGUUAUCAAGACUGCUUGGGCUGAAGCUUUACGUCAGCACAUAAAUCAAACAGGCGACGGGGUAAAUUUGGAAUCAUUUGCAAUGGUGCUGAGACCAGUUUGGUAUAAAGCAGCAACAGCAGAAAUAGCCGCCAAGAGUUUUGAGGCUGCCGGAAUAUAUCCAUAUAACCCAGACAAGGUUCUUAAGUCUGGGAAGUUGGAACCAAGCAAGGUCUACCGUGCUGCACCAACUGGUGAUGCAACCACUGCAACAAGCAAUCAACAACCAUCCACCUCUGAACAAACCCAAACUAUGUCUCAUUUCUCCUGUCCUGUAAAAUCUGAAAACCAAUUAGACCAACAUGUUAUCAUUCUGCCUUCACUUGAUUUUGACAAUGACACAGAAAUUACCACUGAACCCGCUAUGUUUGACCUAAGUUUCGACAAUACCGAAAUCAGCACUGAACCCUCAACCUCUGAUCUUAUUUUGGACAGCACGCAAAUCAGUACUGAACCUUCAAACUCUGCUCAUAUUUUUGAUGACUGCUCUGCCUCAACAUCAACUAAUAAUGUAUUUGAAUCUGAGUUCACUGCCCAGCAGUUGAGAGCUUUAAAAGACUUGGCUUUUUUCUUAAAAGAAGACAUAUCUAGAAAACAACUUGUAUCUUUUUUUUCCAAGCUUGCGGGUACCCAAGUUUCUGAUUUUUCGUGUCGCCAUGAAGAGAAGGAUUUUAAUAAAUUUAAAAAGCUCUCAUUAAAGCUUAUUAAAUCUGGUGAAGUAAAUGUACCUGAACAAAUGAAAGCUACCCUAACAGUGGAUGAUAUUUUAAAAAUCCCUUUGUUUAUAUCCCCAAAUAGAAAAGGCAAAGCAACAAAAAAAUUAUUUCCAACUCCGCCAAAUCUUGUAAGUGAACAUGAAUUCCGAGAGGCAUUGAAAAGAAAAUUGUGUGAGAAAGAAGAAGCAGGAAGAAAAAAAGUGGGGAAGAAAUUACUGCGGGAAGAAUCCAAGAAGAAAAAAGAAAAAAAGCAAUUUCAGAAGUUGAUCAAAGAAAAGAGAAAAACAGAAGGUCUACAGAAGAAAGAAAAAAAAGCAUGUGGCCCAAAAGCAAAGAAACACAAAAAAGAUGAAGAUAGUAUGGAGAUUCAGGAAAAUGGUGGCAGUGAUAAUAACAUCUGCUGAAAUGAUGUCAUGUUAUUAGAGGAUGAUCUAACAUAAAUUUUGUUCUGGCUCUCUCCUGAGAUCUGCUUUCAAUAGAAAUCUGUAGGUACAGUGAGAUAUUUGUGGCAUGCAUGUUGCACACACACACUUCAAAAAAUGUUAAUGCAGAGCAGCGGCAACAGUUUUGUAAAUUUUGUUAUAUAAAAUUUAUAUAUAUAUGUCUCUGCCUUCCUCCUGAGAGAGCAGCAGCGCACAUGAUGGGUUAGAUAGUAUUAUAUAAAUUUAUGUUCCCGUGUACAUUUGUAUGUGU